AUGGAUACUUUACUGAUUUUGGAUGUCUAUGAAAAACUUUUUGAGCAUAACACUACUGAAUUUAGCAAUACUGAAUUUAACAAUACUGAAUUUAACAACCUGCAAGAUUAUGCUAGCAUAAUGGGUCAUCAAUAUUUACCAUCCAAAAAGAAAAAUUCUUACUGUACCCAGACUAAAGAAUACAUAGAUACUUUACUAAUUUUAGACGUCAAUAGAGUUUUCUUUGAGUCUAACAAUACCGAUACUGUAUUUGACAGCCUGCAAAAUCAAACUACUAUAAUAGGUCAUCAGCAUUUACUAUCCAACAAUAUUUUCUAUAAUAAUGAAAAUUCCUACUAUGCCCAGGUUAAAGAAUACAUGGAUACUUUACCAAUUUUAGACGUCGACAAAAAUUUUGUUGAAAUUAAUAAUACUGAAUUUAACAAGCUACAAGACCAUACUGGCAUAAUAGAUUAUCAAUAUUUACUACCUAAUGAUAAUGAAAAGAAUUUGGCGACAACUGAAGACAUAGAAGCCCAAGAAGAAAAUAAUAGAAUUUAUACAUACUUUAUUACUUUGGAGAUGAAUUUUAUGAAUUGGGCAGAUCUAGAUAG